GUGAUUGACCGAGGAAGCUUCGUUGUGUCAGCUGACAGCUUAGCUUGCUGUCUUUUUCCCUCAAGACGUCGGAAUGCCAGCAAUGUGUACCCAUGUCCAGCCCAUCGAGUGGACCACUGACUGUAAGAACCAGAAUUAUGAUGGCAUAGUCUUGGUGACCCAGAGUUAUGACACGCUGCCCAAGGAGCUGGAAUGUCUGAAAGCACCUCUGCAGGACUACAGCUCUGUGGACUGUGGUCUGGGAGAUAAGGUGGUGGUGUUGAUGGUUCCGGGGUUGCCUGGUAAACGCUUGGUUUUUGCGUCCACCGGGCCCGUUAACCGGGACUACGAUGACGUCCGACGCUUCAGCGACGCAGCCGUUAAUGGCAUCAAGAGGGCCAUGAAAGCAGGCAUGCAGCGCCCCCUGCUGGUCUGUCCUCGUCACAGCAGCUAUGACAAGAGCAUCAUGGUUGCUGCCCUAGGGGCCCUGCACGCCCUCUACAUGCCUCUGGAGGUGAGGGAGGUGUCUGUGAAGCCCAGCCAGUAUAAAGUGUGUGUUCUAGGAUUGUGGGUGGACCAGGAGGCCGAGGGGAAGGAGUUGGUGGAUCUGGUCUCUGCUCUGGAGAGUGGACGGCUUGCUUGCCGUGACAUAGGAGGGUCUGAUCCUGAGAGGAUGGCUGCUCCUCGUGUAGCUGAGUACGUCCAGGCCCUCUUUAAGGAGAGCCCAGUGCAGGUGGAUGUGGUGAGUGAUCUGAAGGUGCUGGAGAAGGAGUAUCCCUGCCUCGCUGCUGUGAACCGCUGUGCCAAUGCUGUGCCUCGUCACCAGGCCAGAGUAAUCAAGCUGCAGUACUGUGGAGAAGGACCCAUUCAACACACACUGAUGCUGGUCGGUAAGGGCAUCACCUAUGACACCGGUGGAGCUGACAUCAAGGCUGGUGGCAUCAUGGCUGGCAUGCACAGAGAUAAGUGUGGUGCUGCUGCUGUGGCUGGGUUCUUCCAGGUCCUGGCCAAACUCAAGCCCAAGCAUCUGAAGGUGGUGGGUGGCAUGGCGAUGGUGAGGAACAGCGUGGGCUCAGACUGCUACGUAGCUGAUGAGUUGGUGGUGUCCCGUGCGGGUCGCAGGGUUCGCGUAGGGAACACCGAUGCUGAGGGACGCAUGGUAAUGGUCGACCUGCUUUGUGAGAUGAAGGAGAAGGCGGUGCGUGAGGUAUCUCCUCAGCUGUUUACCAUUGCCACUCUGACAGGACAUGCCAUCAGAGCCAUGGGACCCAACUACUCUAUCAUCAUGGACAAUGGAGCUGCCCAUCGCUCUGGCAAUGCCCGUCAGUGGCAGAAAGCAGGGGAGGUUCUGGGUGAUCUGUUUGAGGUGUCCAGUAUCAGGCGUGAGGACUAUGACUUCCAUAAGGGGAAGUCAGAGUAUGAGGAGAUUCUGCAAAGCAACAACCUACCAUCCUCUGCUACCCCCCGUGGACAUCAGACCCCCGCUGCCUUCCUCAUCAUGGCCUCUGGGCUGGACAAGCACGGCGUGGACUCUGGCACUCCUCUGCCUUACUCUCACAUCGACAUCGCUGGCUCUAGCGGCCCCUUCCCUGGUGUUCCCACCGGCGCUCCAAUCCUCGCCAUGGCUACCAACUACAUCCUACCCAGUGCCUAUCAACCCAACGACGCCCUGCCCAGAGCCUAGCAAUUUGAUGAUAGAAACGUGAUAGUGUCGAAUGGACCCUAUUUUCCGUCUCAUGAGAAAUGUCACAGAGAGCAGUCCUGAUAGUGCCAGUUCAAUUGAUGUUUCACAAAGUAUUCAUGAACACAGAGAUCCAUCAAUGCGAUCAAGAUCUGUUGUUCUAUAGAUUAUAUUUCUAAGCUACUGCACUAUCAUUCAACCUCAAAUGUCUUUUUUUUACCCCUAUUUCUAACAUGGGUCACUGUAUUGAAUACACUCAAUUACCAAACAUG